AUGCAGAGAACGACACCAACAUCGUCGACGACGCCAAUAUUUUCUCCCUUUUCUGCGGGCGUCUUCACCAACCCGAGUUCCUUCUCCAGACCAACCACGCGAGAGGGUAACAACGAUCCUCUUCAUCCACCACCGCAUUCGCCUCCGCCGAUUCCUGCCUCAGGGCCCGUCAAGGAGUCUCGAAAGUCGUCAUUCUCACGGAAAUCCUCCUUUUCUGGAGGCACACGACGUCGAGGCUCCUCUGUCGGCUCAACCGGGACCUCGAAUGCUAUAGUCACCGAUGCUGCUGCCCCGCCAGCUUUGCCCGACUACGCACUCCCUGCCGCGGCCAAGGUUCAAAGUCGCGAUAAGAGAGACAUUGAUGGCGCAGAUGACGGCAUUCGAAGUCCUGUUAGCCCGACUGGUGCCAGUAGUGGAUUUGGAAGCAUGAGCAGGGCAAAUACUGGUGCCGGGGGUUAUUUCCCACCUCCAACACCUGUUGGAGUUGCAAGCGUGUUGAAUGCUGGCGUUGCUAGCAUGUGGCAGCCAAGCGAGGCCAGCAUAAUACAUCAGCAGAUUACCGAUGUAGCGAACAAGAGGAUAUCAACUCUAGAUUAUCUGAGAAAAGCUCAUGAAGGCCGGGUUUACUGGUUCAACACAUAUCUCUUCGAACGGCAAGAUCUCUCACGAAUGUCAUGUUUUGACUCUCGAAAACUCGCCCGAAAAGCUACAAAUUAUCUUCUCCUCGGCCUCUCCAUUCCCACGAUUAACGACCUCUACUCGUCGACGCCCAUUGAAUUUCUGCGAAGUCUCAAUUCUUUGCUGUCCGAAUUUGAUUCCUUCCAACAGAUGCAUGGCGACUCUUCUGCGGCCCUGGCUCGAGCCCGAUUACCAAACAUGUUCCGUCGCCCCGGAGGAAAGUCUCGUCGCUCAACAUCCGCAGCAGACAUGCAUCUUGAUGACUCGCAGGCAUUUCCUCCCGCAGGUGGCGCCGGUGCUGCCAACAGCGCACCGUCCGUUAUGAAUUUUGCUGGGUCCGAGAGCGACUUGCUUCCCGGAGAAGAAUAUACAUACUUGCUGACGCCUGCUCUUCCCUUCGAACCCGAUUUCUUCGAGACCUUUGCCACGCUGUGCGACGUGUUGAUAGAUUGUUACACACGGUUUUUGGCGUUGGUCCCCACGCCAAGGGAAUGUUCAUCACCAGUCGCCGAGCUCUUCACCAAGGCAGAUUCGAAAUUGCGCAAGAUUAUAGUGCAAGGUGUCGUAAAGGAAUUCGAAGACCAUAGCAGAGGUCAUGUCAAAACAGAAGUGGCCAGCAUUGGCAAAGUUGUCCUGGGUGGCCUGAUGUGA